UCUUCACUUGGUGUCUGAGGCAACAACUCCACACAUUCACCUCAGCUACAUCACAGGCAUAUUCAGCAGAUAGACCAACAUCUGCUCACAUGUGCUCGCAUUGGGCCGCAGCAUUGAGCCGCAGCAUUGAGCACAAAAAGGGCAGCACCAAUCCACGCCCCAACAAUCACGGCCGACAACACGACAACCACCUCCAGCCUAAGCUGAACUACAACAAAGACACUCGACCACCAGCUGCUGCAACAACCUUCAGUAUGAAGGUCUCCCUGCUUGCUGCCAUCCCGGCCAUCGGCGCCGCUUUGGCUGCACCAGCAGUCACGGGCGACUCCGAAGCAGUGUCCGUUCGAGUUCACAGCUCUGACGGAACUGAAAGCACCCACUCGGUCACCCUCGGCGAGUAUGUGCAGGUCGAGGGCAAAGACAUUGACCGCAUCGACCUCACCUCUUCCGCCAGCUGCACUGACGGUUCUCUCACCUGCCAACCAAUUUGGUACUUCUCUUCCAGUGGUCCUAUCGUUGGACUGGACUUCACCCCUUCUAAGCCCGGUUACCCUCGCUCGACCUUUGGCAAUGGCGAAGUCAACUCCGUCGGGGUGACUUGCAGCUGCUCGUCGUUGCUGCUUUCUGCUCGUGACAACACAACCUCAUCGCUCUUGAUCAAGAUUACCAAUGUCGACGGAACUAUCAAAUCUGGCCCUUUGAUCCUCGACGAGUACAAGGAGUUCUCUAGCAGAGACAUCGCGGAGGUCUCCAUUGGUGGCUGGUCUCCAGGUCUCAAUUUGCUCGACGUCCACUGCCAACCCACCUGGAACUUCACCGACAGUGGACCAAUCGUUGGUCUUGACUUCGCUGGAAAUGAGGUCGGUACUCCUAACAGAGUGUUCGGCAACGGCAGAGUCGACACUGUCGGUCUUCGCUGCAGCUCUUCCCCAUCGCUUAUGGCUCGCGAAGACAAGGAUGGGUAUAUCACAAUCGAUGUUCUCGGCGGUCACGGUGUCAAGAGAGUCGACUGGAUUGUUGCUGGCCAGGUUCGGGAGUACAAUGCUAUCGCUUUUAAGGAUACACUUGACAGCGUCCAGAUCGAUUCAACAGAUCCGGACUCCGAGGGUGUAACCUGUCAGCCAACUUGGUACUUCAGCGAUACUGGCCCGGUCGUGGGUCCUACUAUUACUCCGUCCGAGCCUGGCUCUCCUGCCCAGACUUUCGGCAAUGGCCACUGUACAAAAGUCUCCAUCAAAUGCAGCCGCUCACCACAACUUCUUGCUCGCGCCGACGACUCAAAGCCGUCAGUAGACAUCGUGUUUCGAGAGAGCGAUGGCAAGUCCGGCUCUGUCACUGCGCCAGUGGGUGUCGGUGCGGGCGUGAACGCAACUGGCAAGGACAUAAUCACGCUCGAACUUGGUACAGGGCAUGGCGUCCAGUCUAGCAAAGUCGUCUGUCUCCCAGUCUGGAUUUUCGACACUGGCGCAAGCCAAGCCGGAUCUCCGAUGAAGAAGGACCGCGCUGCAUUUUUGAGCGACACCAAGAACGGCUAUGCCAUUAUGACCAAAGACCGUCCAAAGGUGACUCGAGUUGAAGUAUUCUGCGACGUCUCGGCAAUGAAGCCUCGCGAUGCCACUCCUACCCUCGACAUUACGGCGCACGAGUCCAAAGGCAAGAACAGCACUGCUUCCAUCCAUGUCGGACAAGCCGCAGAUCUCCGCGGAAAGAACAUUACGAGCAUUGAGAUCAAGGGCGCUGAUGCGUCGAUCGACGUUGAGAAGAUCAACUGCCAGCCAAUUUGGUACAUCAACCGCGGCAGUGGCCAGCUUGGCUACACUUUCAACUCCACGAACCCAGGUAACCCAGGCUACUUCCUUCACGGUAGCGAUGCAGUGACUCGAGUUGCUGUGACUUGUGCUUAGAGGGCGAUCAGUGCGGACAGGUGGCUGUGAACAGAGGCUUUCCACAUAAGGAAUCCACAAAGGAUCAGGCGUACAAGCUUGUCUUUCUACACCUUCACCAGAGAUCUUAG